UUACUGGACCCUGACAAUGACUGUAUUGUGUCGGAAACUGUACUGAGAGUUCCUAAGACCUGUUAUGGUGCCACUAGCAACCAACCACAAAAGUCUGUUCCAAUGCUGAUGAACGUGACAGCAGAUGAGGUGGUGGUAAUGGAGGGAGAAGAGGAGAUGUAUUGGAGGGUGCGGUGGAGUUGGAUUCAGGAUCAGGGCAGAUGGAAUCAGACCGAGACGUACCACGUGAAGGUGCGGGAGGACGGAGGGAAAGGGAGAUAAGAUGGCUGGAGGUCAAAGGAGAGGUCAGCUGUUGUUUGUCUGCCUAUUGUCAAUGGUGAAGAGGAAAAUUACUGUUUUACAUUCUCGCUUUUUUCUUAUGUUCUCAGAUGGAGGUACUUAUUGGAAACCUUUCCUCCUCUCCCUACACAAUUUCUGUGUGGAGAUAUGAGUGUGGUUGUGAUCUGAGUAGACCAAUGGGAGAAGUGCUUCUCAACCCACUAUCACCACCUUCAGAAGUUUUCACCACGAGUUUCACUGUGCUACCUUGCUCCACACCCCCUCCUCCACCGAGCUCACAACUCCA